UUAUUUCACAUUUCACAGUCACAUUUUAAAAAUCAUAACUAAAAUUAACAAAGAGUUUCAAAGUAAACAUGCUAGAAUUCAUAAAAUAUUACCAACAGUCAAAUCUAAUUUUAAAAUGAUACUAAAAUUUUAUUGACUCCACCCAACUAAAUAAUUUACUUGUAAUGAAAGGGGCGAGAGAAGUAAAUUUUCUUAAUUGAAGAAAUUAAUAUACUUGUUCUUUUUAUUCUUAAAAUAAGUUUAAAGUUAUUCUCAGUUCAAUGAAUCAAAAAGUGAUAAUCAAGAAAAUAAUUUACUUAUAUGAAAAGUAUCAAAUGAAUUUGAUUUAAGUUAUUGAUUUACUUAUUCGAAUUAACUUUGUCUCAAGUUUAUGAUAUACUUGAAAAGAGAGUAUACCCCAGCCGACAAUCCCCACUAAUUUCUUUAACGUCUGUUGUGUUGUUUUAACAAAAUUAAGAACGGACUUGUUUAGUUCGUAGGAAUUAGGGAUGAGAUGUACUACAUCGGUAUUUGCGGUGUACGUUUUUGUAUGGAUAGUUUAGUGUAUUUGAUUUAUGUAGCUAUCUGUAUUAAGUUAUGGAGAUUAAGAGAAUGGAGAUACAGUUUAAUGAUAUAUUAGAAGAAAUGGGAUGUCCUCAUUUAAUUCCUAGAUUUGAAGAUUUAUCAAAAUCAACAGACGAAUCGUAUUUAGAAAGGAUCCGUUGGAGGAAGUUAUUGAAGACUGGAAAUCAAUACUUAAGGCAAGCGUCUGAUGAAAUAACACAUGAACUUAUACAAGAAGGUUUAAAUUUGAAGUUUAUACCUGCAAGGUCUACUCACUUUGGAGGAAUCUCAUUAACUGCUCGUACUGACUUGGUGGUUAUUAAUAAUGGUAGUUUAACAGCAGAUAGGUACAUAAGGGAGAUCCUGCAAGAACAUGUGAUACCAUUUGCCCCUUACAUUGAAAAAGUGAAGAAAUUGCUAAUCAUGCUCAGGGUUUACCUGAAGAUGAAGAAGAGCAGUGCCCUGAACAAUUUUCGAAAAUUCCUGAAAAUCUGUCCAGCUCUAUUAAAACAAUAG